UGAAAAUAGUGAGGAUAGUAGAUAUUCGCAUAAUAAUAAAUGAUUCUUGUUUUCUAAUGUAUACUCCUAAGAAAUUGCAUUGCUAUUGAGCAAUACACGUUGACGAUAACAUAACUUUAUUAAAGGAAUUGUGAUUCUUUUCCAAUUUUAUGACAAAUUAUGAAAAACAGCCAGGUGUUAGUGAUGGAAAGUUCUGUAUAAUGAACAUGAAUGUGUUUGCGCCUGCACAAUCAAUGUCUUGGCAUCCGUUUCAACUGACAACUGGACAUGACCUUAUAUUCUAUUUUUUUUUUUAUUUCCGUAUGGCUUAUGUAUCUAUAUGCUCCUCAAAAGCCGUACUUUGGAACGAGAUUAUUUUGGAAGUAUUAUUAUUUUUUUAAGAUGACAAAUAAAAUAACUAAUUUUCUUCACUUUGUAAAAAGCGUACUUAUACUUGUAAAAUUAUAUUAAUCUCGCG